AUGAGAAGCAGUCUCCGUGACGCCGGCGGCUUGUUAGCCGGUGCUUUUACUGCAAAGAAGGGUCCAAGGUAUCACAAAAUCGACUGGGAGGCCUUCAACGAAUCAGACUACAGCGGCCGACAAGUUCCAUUAUCACGAAGUCUCGGACGCUGCCUGCCAUGCGGUCUCGGUCGGUGGUCGCUCAAGACGGUCAUCGCCACGGUGGGCAGUCUCGUCAUCCUCACGCUCCUCGCCGUCGCCGGCAGCCGACCCGUGGUGCCGACACCCCCAGCCGCCGAUGACACCGACCCGCACAACCGCCGACUGCGCAUCAUCGUGCCGGCCGACGAGCCGGGCGCCAACCUCUGUAAGAUGCUCCUGUCAACCGUCGCCAACGGCUAUCCGGCACCGCUCAUCAUCAACUGGGGCCGCGACUUCCACAAGCAGGGCGGCUGGUUCGGCGGCUCGCACCUCGGCAAGAUCGACGGCACGCUCGACGCCCUCGAGGCCCUCGCCUCGGACGAGGAGGCCCCGCCCGCGGAGCGGCUGCGGCCCGACGAUCUCGUCCUCGUCGUCGACGCCUACGACGUCUGGUUUCAGCUGCCACCGCGCGUCCUCAUCGAGCGCUUCCUCGCCCAGAACGCCGCCGCCGACGCCCGCGUCCUCGCCGGCUGGUCGCCCGACGCCCCUGACGCCGUCGCCGCCCCGACCCAGCGCGUCAUCGUGAGCACCCAGAAAAAAUGCUGGCCCCGGCCCCGUGACGGUCACGAGACGCACUGCGAUGUGCUGCCCGAGAGCACGGCCCGGGCCGACCUCUACGGACCGAAGACGGACAAGGGCGACCCCGACCGCGACGGGCACGCCCUGCACCGCACACGGCCACGAUACAUCAACAGCGGCGCCGUGCUCGGCCGUGCCGAUGACGUGCUGCGCACGUUUCGUAGGGCCUACGCCAAGGUGCGCGAGGGGCAGGACGCCGGCAAGAACCUCUUCAGCGACCAGGGCAUUCUCGGCGAGAUUCUCGGCCAACAGGAGGUGUGGCGCACGAUGCAGCGCGAGCGUCAGGCUCUCGCCCUCGCGGGGGAGCCCUUCAACGAGACGGCGUACCCGCCUGAUGUGGCGGCCGCUGGAGGUGGCGCUGAGACGUGGGAGUAUGGCCUCGGUCUCGACUAUCUGCAGGAACUCUUCGUGCCGACUGUCUUCGAGGAGGAUGACGGCGAGUACAUGGCCGUCAACGAUGCGGCGCGCAUCAACGUCUCGAGCGAGGAGCGUGGCCUUUCGCCAGCGCGCAUUACGGGCCUGCCGUCUGACGUUGACAACCUUGCGCCGCCCCUCGUGCACGCCAGCGUCGAGUUGGAGGAGCAGCACAAGGAUGAGGCUGCACACUGGGACGCCGUGCCCCUCUAUACCGACUAUUAUACCGGCCGCAUGCCCGUCGGUGUCCACCACAACGCGCAUCGCGAUGGAAUGAAGGGCCCGCGGUUGAAGAUGUGGUGGGACAAGAACUGGUUUCAUCCUUUCCUGCGUGACAUCGUCGCCGCGCGCGAAGUCCGCCCCAUAAAGCUCGCCCCUCUGGCGGUUAUCAAGGCGACAAGCUCAUGGGCACGGGACGUGGUGUACUGGCCUCCUGCCACCGACGCCGAGAGGAGGCGCCCUCGCAUCUUCGAUCGUAAGACGUUGAGCCAGGGGCUCGGCGAGGCCGAGUGGCAUACCCUGUGUCGAAAGCAGGGCGAGAGGCCUUGGUGGGAUAUCAUUUUUGAUGACGACAGGGGACCUGAGGACCUUGGGCCCAAAAAAGGGGCGAAUGCUGUUAAGCCCGAGGUCGAGGUGAAGGAGCCGGCAGAAAAAACAAAAGCCGACGAGAAGCCCCAGGAUAAAGGGCAAGGCGAAAGGAAGCCUGCAGACGCAGCCAUCAUCAAGAGAUAG